AUGCCUCUUAAGGAGGUGAAGAAAGAAACAGUGGUUAAUUUCAUUCAAACUCAUUUGAUCUAUCGGUAUGGUGUCCCUCAUUACAUCAUAACUGAUAAUGGCCUCAAUAGGCUUAUAAUAGAGCUAUGUGAGAAGUUUGGCUUUAAGCAAUAUAAUUCUUCCAUGUAUAAUGCCCCAACAAAUGGACUAGCUGAAGCAUUUAACAAAACACUUGGUAGUUUGUUGAAGAAGGUGGUAUCCAAGACAAAGCGAGACUGGCACGAAAGAAUCAGAGAAGCAUUAUAUGCAUAUCGAAUAACAUUUCGAUCACCUACUCAAGCGACACCAUAUUCUCUUGUUUAUGGAGUGGAAGUCGUCCUUCCCUUAGAACGACAAAUCCCAUUAUUAUGGAUUACCAUUUAG